UUCAUAAAGAAAACAUAUAUUGGAAUUUGUUGAGAGUCACCAUUUUGCAAGGAAUCUUAAUGAGUGUGCAAACUGGCCUUAAAAUCUGAGAACGACUGUUGUUGUUUAUAUUGGAAAAAACAAGAUAGGUUAUCGUUGUUCAUAUAUCGUUUGAAGUUUGAUCAAAUACGUGUCUGAUAAUUUUUAAUAAUGUUGUAUAUAUUUUGGAAAAUACGAGAUAUAUUAUUGUUGUGGAAGUCAAAUGAGCGGCUUGAAAAUUUACAUGAUUUUAUAAUGUAGAAUGCACAUUUAUAUAAACAAUGUUUCUUUAGAUAUCGCUAUAGACGCAUUACAAGUAAAUGAAUGUUGGAAUAGAUAUGAGAACGUAUACGAAUUUUACAGUAGAAUGGGAAGACGAUAUAACAAGUGGUAAUCUGACAAAUAUUUCAGAACUGUUCAUCUCGUCGACAUCUGAACAAUUUAAUGUUGAACAACAUCUUUUUGCCAACCUAGGGGAAAAGAGAAAGGAUACUUUGUCUGUGAUAUUUCUUAUCAGCGUGUAUUGUAUUAUUUUCAUCAGUGGUCUGGCUGGAAAUUUUAGCACGUGCAUUGUAAUAUGGAAAAAUAGCUACAUGCGUUCUGUGACUAACUGUUAUCUCUUUAAUCUGGCAGUGUCGGAUUUACUUACGCUUAUAUUAGCACUUCCUCCAGAAGUAUAUUCGAUAUGGGAAGCAUAUCCUUGGCGAUUCGGAGAAGCAUUCUGCAUUCUGAAAUCAUUUAUAAUGGAAAUGACAUCAUAUUCUUCGGUGCUUACUAUAACCGGAUUUACAAUUGAAAGAUACAUAGCCAUUUGUCAUCCAAUCAAAGUUCAACGUUGCUGUCACGUGUCUCGUGCAACACGAUGCAUAGUACUGAUUUGGACAGUGUCUAUAUUUAGUGCCUUACCAUAUCCGGUUCAUACAAGAACGUUCUACUACCUACACGACCCAUCAACCGGUGAACCUAUCUUAGAUUCACUUGUUUGUAAUAUUCCAUUGAUAUGGACAUCUAGAAUGAUAACAGUGUUCCAAAUGUCAACUUUUAUCUACUUUAUAGUUCCAAUGGUAGUGAUAACAUUAUUUUACAUUCUGAUUGGUGUAAAAUUACGCGAGAGUGCACUGUCGGCUCCUAGAUCACCGCAGUAUGGUAAAGCUACUGCGGCAAGAGCGAGGCGAGCCAUUUUGAAGAUGCUAGUUGCUGUAGUUGUGGCCUUCUUCGUUUGUUGGGCCCCAUUCCAUGCUCAAAGACUGAUGACAUUAUACAUAAAAACUUGGACCAAACAACUGAUAGAAGUACAAAGCUAUUUGUUUUAUGUUUCAGGGGUGCUGUAUUUCUUCAGCUGUACUGUUAACCCAAUUUUGUACAAUUUGCUGUCAAGGAAAUUCCGACGAGCUUUCAAACGGACACUGUGCAGAUGUUGUGUUAAUAUCCAUUCAUUACCAACGUUUUAUAUGCUCAAAGCGAAAUUUAUUAACAAUGACAGAAAUGCACAAUCCAGUCUUCCUGUCAAUUCCAAUGUAUAUAUUCCAGAAAGGAACCAGAUGCGUCUUGUUACUUUCUACAGAAAUGACAAACAAGUGACACAUACGCUACGGAAUGGUGUUUUUACUGAAAAACAAUUAACAAGGGAUACAUUAUUGAACCGUACAAGUAAGGAGAAAAGCUCAAGUUGUAGUUCACACGCACAUUCUGACGGUGGUUUACAUGCUCUAUGUCGUCAUAAACGAUGCACAAAUCGACGGCAGAGUUUUCUGUCUCCGCGUCCAAAUGGAAAUGUUGCAUCAUUUCAGGGUAUAGAUGCACUUAAAAGACAAGAAUUUAAGAACAUUAGAUAUAGUGAUCCAGUCUCAUCUGAAGACGCACAUAUUCUGUAUGACGACAGUGUGUCAGAAUCUGAACAUCCUAUAUUACGAAUAACUUUGCGGGUAUGAAAUAUGUGAGGUUUUGGUUGGUUUCAGUGAAGUAUAUUCUACAGAAAUUAUUAUGAUGUAAAUAAUAUAUAAUUGUGUGUGUUUUUUUUUUCUGCGUUAGAUUUAAUCAUUAUAUUUUUUAUGUAAAUUCAGAAAGUGGGAUACUCAAAUGAAAUAAAAACUUCACAUAAAUUUAAUAGGCGGAGAUGCUAGUGGGCUGAUAUUGAUUUGGUGGAUAAGGUCGCUGACUUUAAAUCACUUGCCCCUCACCGAUGUGGGUUCAAGCCUCACUCGGGGCGUUGAAUUCUUCAUGUGAGGAAGCUAUCCAGCUGGCUUACGGAAGCUCGGUGGUUCUACCCAGAUGCCCGCUCGUAAUGAAAUAAUGCACGGAGCGGCACCUAGGGUCUUCCUCUACCAUCGAAGCUGGAAAGUCGCCAUAUGACCUAUAAGUUUGUCAGUGCGGCGUUAAACCCUACAAAAUAAAUAUUUCUUUUCACAUUGGGAGAUGACUCGUGAAUAAAUGAAAUGAAAUUGUUGAUUGUAUUGUAUGAUAACAACUGCAUUAACUUUAAAUGUUAUUUUUCUGAUUCUUUACUUUCUGUUGUUGGGGUUUUUGAAAUUUAUAAUCCCAUUUUAAGCGUUAACACUUUAUAUCACUUGAUAUCACAACAUACUUUCUCGUUAAAUGUUUCAAAACCUGCUGUAAUAUUCCUAAACAAUUAUUGACGUUUUCAAUUCUGAUACAUCGCCGAUUUAAUACAUGCAUCAAAUAACAAUUUGCAGAAAAGUAUAAAACUAUCUCUAAACAUGAAUAUACUUACAGCAUUUAAUACUAUUGCAAAACAACUAAAUCCAGAUUGUAGGGGAGGGGAGGGGGAAGCAUUUUGGAUAUCCUAAGACAAUUUGUUUGGUAGGUAAGUGAAGUUUUAUUAUUUUUAAAAAUCAGUUCUUAUUGUCAACAAAAAAAAUCACCAAACGGAAUGAUACAAUUUUGGUAGUUUUAUUAGCCAUCGGUACCAGGCUCAUAUCAUCUAGGUUCGUUAAUCUUUCGACUCGGUAUGUUUGAAAUUUCGUUCAUCUGUCAAAGGUUACAACGUCAAUGAAUAGAAAUUGCGUUCAUCUUGUCAAAGGUAAAAACUGCAAGGAUAACGUUUGCAAAGGCUAUUUCUGCUAAACGUCUAAGCUUUGAAGGCAUUUCAUUAACGUUUAGAUAGUUAAAAUUUAAUAUAUAUAUCCACCUACGGAUAAAUAAAACUAGACUUGCAUCAGUCGUUAUAAUCCUUUGAAAUAAUCUUUAACAGUAUUUUCUAAUAAAGAAAUCUAUUUAUCUCUGACUCUGAGCGUAGAGGGAAAAGGUGUUCCUCAUAAAAAAUCAGCGUCAUUAAGAAGAAAGAAAUAAACAUUAUUAUAGAUACUUGAAAUCAACAUACUUUGCAAGUCUGUCAUUAGACUCGAUGAAGUGUAAAAACGUAUGACAGUAUUUGAAUAUUAUUAACAUUUCCCUACAAUACAUCCGUGUAUGACUUACCCUGUCCUGUAACGAGGCUCCAGAUAAUGGAUCUUUGCGAUAAACUGCAGACAAGACGGCAAAUUUCUGCAUGCCCAUGCAUAGUGUCGGUAAUUGUUCUGGUCAUAGGGGCUAAAACUAGGUCAACAAACGUUCGGAAUUUGUCACAGAAGUACAAAAGUGCACUCUAUCAGCCUCUAGGACCUCUAGAGAUAAACCAGGUACUCGGUCGUUAAUCUUGUUUUGCCUUUUUCAUGAGAUAUCAUGUCGUACUACAAAGAGAUUUUGAAUUGUGCUAUGCGGCACGAUAUACUUUUAUCUAUAUACUUAGUAUUGUUAAUGAAUAGCACACCUGCCAGUUGUUACGAAAAUGCGUUCUUUCCAAAAUAUAACGUUUGAUUGACGGAGUGAGAUUUUGUCUUUAUGUAUAAUACACCGUUACAUGUCGUAUGUAAUUAGUGGAUAAGAUCUCGUUGUGUUAUGUUUUUCUUGUCACAAUAGAUUCAUUCACAAUGUAACUAAAUAGUAUUUGGCAAAGUAUUUUCAGUGGGGCAUUAGUUUUGUAUAGUUGAUAAAUAGGAUAUGAUAGUGCCCUUCGUGUAUAAAAUAGGUCGUAAAUAACAGUAAAUACAAUCAAGUAUGUUAUAAUAGUCAUUAAUACAAAAUAGAUGUAAAUAUAUUACAUGUAGUCUGUUUCUGGAAAGAGCUUAGAAACAAUAUACAUGUAUUUACAAAUGAAUUUCAUUGCAAGAUUCCCGUAGCAGGGAAUCCAUGUUGUUGUAGUCAAUAAAUACUUACGCAGAAAUAUAUAGACGAUGUAAUAGGCAACAAGGUCAAGGAACCCAAUGUGCCAUAAACAUUGAACAAUCUCAGGUGAAUACAUUAUUGAGAAGCUUAAACCGGACUUUUGAGUAUAUUCAAAUUCUAUCAUUUUGCAAGGUAAUCUCCGCGACAUGAACCACUCAUACACAGUAGUAAUAACUGGCACGAUAACGGAAACACAAACAUAUGAAAGUAUAAAUGAAAACCCAAAGUAGCUUCGUCCCAUAGGGUUUUAGGACUACGUAAGUUGACAACAAUUGCGUUGCACGUCACAAUCAAUACGAAGCAGUGUGACUCAAGUAGCAUGCACAUAUAUCGAUGAAUAUGAUGUCCAUAUAUUGGCAGUCGAACGAUAAAAGCUGUAACUAUUGUGUGAUAUAUAAUGUUUGUACACUAGCAAAUAUAAAAAUAUUGAGAAGAAGUUGUACAGCUGGUUUAAUUCAUUGAUAUAUAUCACUGUAAUAUUUCGACAAAAAUUGCACACCACAGACAUUUUUAUGAGAAAUAACUUCAUUAUCUUAAUACCGUCGUUAUAUCUUUAUAAAAGGAUGAUAUAUACCUUUGUGUUGUAUCACUAUUGUAGGCAGAUUUCAUUUUAAACAUUUGAUUUCCACGGCUAUGGUUUUAUAUGAAUAUUAAUAACAUAACGCUGCUGUAUAUGUAUUCAGUGGUAUGUUUAAAACUAUCCGAUCUACAGCAAAGAAGCAAGGAUUUUGUCAAAAAUCCCGAUAAAUGCAAUAGGAAUAUAUAUAAACAUACAUGCAUACACAGCUAUGAUAUUAUUGUUUGCUUUUCUUCAAAAUCAUAAAUACCGUUUUUUUUUUCUCAAAAAAUAUGUUCGUCUGUAAUGUUUUACAAAAGAAAUAGAUAUCAAUACAUUUAUUUUAUUUUGUUUGGUUUAACGUCGCACCGACACUUUUUUAGGUCAUAUGACGAUUUUCCAGCUUUGAUGGUAGAGGACAACCCCAGGUGCCCCUCCGUGCAUUAUGUCGUCACGAGCGGGUACCUGGGUAGAACCAUCGACCUUCCGUAAGCCAGCUGGAGUGCUUCCUCACAUGAGGAAUUCAAACGCCCCGAUUGAGGCUCGAACCCACAUCGACUGAGGGGCAAGUGAUUUGAAAUCAGCGACCUUAACCACUCGGACACGGAGGCCGCAAACACUCAUACAAGAAACAGAAUGCUACUAUUUAUCUGCACCUGUUACUCACCUUUGUUUUAGAUUCAAUGUACAAAAGUUCUAAAUCAUUCUUAUAAUUAUUCCUUCAGAAACGGAUUGGUUCAUGUUAAAGUUAGAAAAACUGCUAUUAUGUCCAGCAAAACGUUGUAACAUUGACAUAGAUAGCUAUUCAAGAGGAAAUAAGACAACAGACAAAAUCCAGCAGUUAAGGAUGCAAUGUUAGACUUACAAAUCAAUAUAUAAGAAGUAUACAUUACAUACGAAAUGUGGCAAUUGCAUUUAAAUCUUAUAUAGUUAGAUUAAAACGACAUUGCAAUUGUAUAAUAGUAAUAUUGAAUGAAUCAUUAACAGAAACUGAUAUGUUUAGUAUGAAAGUAACUGAUGUUAAAUUCGUUAACUGUAUUAUUGCGUAUCGCUAUGUAACAGAAACAUUUGAAUGUAAUAUCAACGCAGAACACCUCGUGAAGGAUAACAAUAUUGAAUUAAGAACAGAUGUGGAUUCGACACAAAUAGCAAUCUCUUUCUUGUUAUUAAAGCAAGGUAUAUCUAUGGAUGUCUUACGUUUUAUGUAAAAUUUGCCGCUUUCUUAAGAAAAUGUGGAAGUUAAAAUUUUGUAUGCUUAUAUACUUCUUUACAGUAAGGCGUUGAAUUAUUAACAUCGCUGGAAGUAUGGAUUUUAUAUAUUACAGCUACCAAUCUACAGCUAGAGAAAAUUAUUUGACAUGUUCAUUUACAUCAAGUUUGACAUAGAGUGAAAGUAAGUGUUUUACAUUGAUGAAAAUGUACUAAGUGGAAUGUUUCUGCGUUUAAACGGUUCACACCCUUUGGCACAAUAUAUUUUGCUAUUUAUGAGGAUACCUUGCAAACAUCAUAUGUCACACUAAUCACUUUCACCGUUCUCACAGUUUAUGGAUUAUAAGAGGAA